GGUUUUACCCAGCAGAGUAAUCUCGUAGUGCACCAGCGCAUUCACACGGGAGAGAAACCGUACCGGUGUUCGCAGUGUGGGAAACGUUUUAACCAACAGAGUAAUCUUCAAGUACACAAACUCAUCCACACGGGAGAGAAGCCGUACUCCUGCACGCAGUGUGGAAAGAGUUUCCGCCGACAGAGUUUCCUCCAACUGCACCGGCGCAUUCACACCGGAGAGAAGCCGUAUCAGUGCUCACAAUGUGGGAAGAACUUUACAGACAAGAGCAAUCUGAAAACACACCAGCGCGUUCACACGGGAGAGAAACCGUAUCAGUGCUCGCAUUGUGGAAAGAGUUUUACUCACCGUAGUCAUCUCCAAACGCACCAGCGCAUUCACGCUGGAGAAAAACCACACCAGUGUUCACAAUGUGGGAAGUGUUUUAUCAAACACAGUGACCUCCAGCAGCACCAGUACGUUCACACCGAAGCGAAGCCGUAUUACUGUUCAGAGUGUGGAAAGAGCUUCACUGAGAAGAGGAAGUUUCGGAACCACCAGUACGUUCAUACUGGAGUGAAACUGUAUCAGUGCUCACAGUGUGGGAAGAGCUUCACAGCCCAGAGUAAUCUGAAAAAGCACCAGCGCAUUCACACCGGGGAGAAACCAUACCGGUGCUCAGAAUGUGGGAGGAGUUUCAAUCGCCAGUGUAGUCUUCAACGGCACCAGCGUAUUCACACUGGAGAGAAGCCGUAUCAUUGCUCAGGGUGUGGACUGAGUUUUGGUUAUUUAAAUACGUUUAAGAGACACAAGUGCAUCAAGACUGAGCCGUUACCUCCGGAUAUAAUCACAGUUACCGUUGUUUAAACUCUAUUUAUGAAUAUAAUUUAACACAAUUCUAUCUGUAAUUGAUUCACAUGCACUUUGGCUCUUUGAUACUCUGUCAGUUGCCUUAAUUUGCCAUAAACAUUUUUAAAUUGCUAAUAGUUAGUCCCUCUUUAUAGCAGAUCCUAGGACUGGGUGGUAUGACCAAAAAUUGUUAUCAUGGUAUUUUUUAAAGAUUCUGAUGGUUUCACGGUAUGUUUUAUUUUGUAUGACUUGUAGUUUUUUGUACAUAGAAUAUAAAAUGUUAUAAUUUCAGCAUGUAUAUAAUGAAGGUUUUGAGUUCUAUAAGCUUCGCUCACCGCUUCCAGUUCACUUAUAACGUUGGUUUAGCGACUAACAUGAAGUCUUUUCACCCUGUAAGACAACCCUGGAAUCCAGAGUUGUAAUUAUCGCUCUGAAAGCUUCUCUCUCUACGGUCUAUAGAGGAAUCGUGUCCUUGCAUGUGUGGAAUGUUACUGUUUAUGAAACUAAAAGUGACAGGAUGGAUUCCAGAGAACAUCCACUUUAGACGUAAAAACCUCGCUAAUGUACACACACGGCAGAGUCCUAACACGAGUGCACCUUGACCCAAUUCUGAAUGUCGACCCAGCGAUCGUUGGAAUGGACCUGCUACCCCGACCCUCUCUAAUCCUGGUUAAGCCACUUGAGAGCGAGACGGCAUCUCCUCACAUUGUGCUGUGGCCUGGUUUCCUUCAGCUGCCAGAGAAGCCAGAUCCACAUUAAGCAUGACGAGCUGGUGUCAGUAUAAACGCUGAAGCGUGUCAUACAGUCAGAUCCUGUUACUGCCACCCUCUGUAAAAAUAAAUGACAAUUAAAGUCGUUCGCAUUUGGUAAUUUGUCCAAACUUCCUUUGCCUACAUAA